AUGGGGAAUUGGUGGUUUGCCCGAGCUUUCGAUGAUAUGACCUUUCCGUAUUCGCGUAACAGUGUCGAGCAGGUUCUAGAGGUGGUUCUUUCAAAGCGGCUACAAGAAGAUGCUGAUAAAUGUCAAGUUUUUGAUAGAAAGAUUGGUAUGAAUGCACUGCUUUGUGGCAGCUAUCUUAAACAGUUUUCUGAAGUCUCUCAUGUCGAUCGCCCGAAUGAUUGUUCAUAUAAGUGUGGUCGUCUACUUUGUGCCGAAAGUUGUGAAGAUCUGGUCCCGAAGGUUUGUGAUCGUAGCAGGCUUCUCAUCGAUGAUCCUGGAAUCUCGUCUACGUGGAUAAAUUUUAAACCCUCGUCAAGGAGCGCAGCCAUAUCUACCGAUAUGAAAAAUUCAGACAUUAAUGGCAAAAGUGCAGAAAAGUCUGAAUGUGCUCGUCUUGAAAAUGCAAAGUAUCUUUCGGACCUGACCAUGUUGCACCUUCUCACAGAGGAAGCUGGUCUCAAAGCUGAAAUUAAUUUCCUGAACGCUUGUACAGAAGAUGUGUUGAGUGAUCUUGAUGAAACGGCCGUUCAGGAGGUCGUUGAAAACCUCGACCGGCAAUGUGAUUAUCUGAAGAAGGCGUGUUUAAAAUCUCUCAAGGAACUCGCAUGCAAUGACACGCUGGAAGCAAGUCGAUUGAUGUUUGAAUACCGAAAAGCCCGAUCGCGUGAGUUAUGCACUUGUAUUGCACGCACUAUUAUCACUGUUUUCAUUUCUCUCUCUUACACCCAGCAAAUUAUGGAGGCCAGGUUGAACUGCUCAAAGUUGGAGAUCUUUUGUGACAUUUUGGCUUUGGAAGAUAGUGCCCUUGCCGAAUUGACUCAAUGCCUUGAUAAGAUUUAUGCCGCUCUCCGAAAGUAUUUGGACAUAACGACUGACGUAAAGGCGCGACUUAAAUCGGAAAACGAAUCUGAGGAAAAGGAGAAUAUUUGUGCCACCUCUCCUGAUUUCAGCGCUAUUGAUUCGGAAUUGAGAGCGGUUCUGAUUAGCCUAUUUGGACGUUCUGCUGGAGUCUUCGACGGUUCGGAUGAGGAGUUAAAUGCACAUGUAUUGAGUCAUUUGGAUAAACGAGUUUCAGCCUCGGAUAGCAAAAGUGCCACUUCCCUAUCCUCAUUGAAGGAGUUUGCUCGUAUCACGCACGAAGUGUUCGAUUUGCUGAAUAAGGCCCUCCAUCAACUUGAAUGUCCUGAGGAUGACGAGAAACAGCUCAGUAAAGCUCCAGUGUCCUCUUCUUCCGUUUACUGGAAUGAGUUGUCUCCCUUCAUUGGAGUUUUUCCUCAGCGUCUGAUCGAUCGAUUUCUCCAGAAUCUUCAUUUGCGCCGGAGGAUGCGUCUUCGAGGCUCGUGUUUUUUAUGGUUAGGCCUGCUGUUCCUCGGACAAGAUGUUUUUGGAGGAGUUCCUUUGUCCCAGCCCGACGAGGUGCUGCACCGCACUCGUCGGAUAAUAAACGGCGAGUUAGCAGAAAUGGACGAGUUCCCCUUCAUCGUGUCCAUUCAGGCCAAACUGAGCAACGACAUCUAUUCGCGCAUCUUCGGUGGGGUGGAGCACUUUUGUGGGGGCACUCUGAUUUCUCCAAGGUGGAUUCUGACCGCCGCCCAUUGCAUGUUCGCCUACACUGACGAUGGGAAGCAGGUGUCUCUUCUGAACCCCAAGGCUUGGCACGUAAGAAUGGCCACGGAUAAGCUUAGGCCUUCAGUGAUAGAUCGCAUGAAAGGCUUCUUCCAUCGGGCUUUCAAUACGCUAUUUGGAUACAGGAAGCCACAGACUUUCUACCACCUAGCGAAAAUAAUUCUUCAUCCAGAUUAUGUGGAGGGCUUUCUCGAGAACGAUAUCGCCUUGUUGAAACUGAAGGAGCAUGUUCUCGUACAUCGAAUGAAAUCGUUGGACCUUCUAGCUCUUCCAAAUCCUCAUAUAGUAGGCAAAAUUUGGCCUAAAACAGGGCAGAAUUGUUCCGCGGUUGGUUGGGGAAGCGCCUGCAUUAACUGUCCGCCGGAGAUGUACAUGAGAGUGGUCAACAUGCCAAUCAUUGACCCGAACAAGUGCAGAAGUAUGUACAAGGUCUCGAUUAACCUGACCGAGAGCAGUGAGUUCUGCGCCGGGUACUUCAAGAAGAAUGUGGGCGUUUGCUCAGGUGAUAGUGGAGGCCCCCUGGUUUGUGAAUUCGAAGGAGAGCGGUUACUUGCGGGUGUAACAUCUGCUAUUCAUGCUAAAAAACCGCAGAGUUAUCCCGCCGUUUUCACACGAGUGGUCAGAUUUGCGGAUUGGAUUUCUGAAACAAUGAAGAAGAACUAG